UGUCUUUGUGUCACUCAGUGUAUGUUUCUGCCACCGCCCGUCCUAUCCCACAGCCGCAGUCGACGUGAGUGCUCCGCACGCCACCCGUCGGGGAGGGGGCGGGGGCCAUCAUGUCGUCGUAUCAGAAGGAACUGGAGAAGUACAGAGACAUAGACGAAGAUGAGAUCCUGAGGACCCUGAGCCCCGAGGAGCUGGAGCAGCUGGACUGUGAGCUACAGGAGAUGGACCCCGAGAACAUGCUCCUGCCAGCUGGACUAAGACAACGAGAUCAGACCAAAAAGAGCCCAACGGGACCCCUGGACCGAGAGGCCCUGUUGCAGUACCUGGAGCAGCAGGCCCUGGAGGUCAAAGAGCGGGAAGACUUGGUGCCCUUCACAGGCGAGAAGAAGGGGAAACCCUUUAUUCAGCCCAAGAGGGAAAUCCCCGCACAGGAGCAGAUCACGCUGGAGCCGGAGCUGGAGGCGGCGCUGGCCAACGCCACGGACGCGGAGAUGUGUGAUAUCGCAGCCAUCCUGGGCAUGUACACGCUGAUGAGCAACAAGCAGUACUAUGAUGCCAUCUGCAGCGGCGAGAUCUGCAACACGGAGGGCAUCAGCAGUGUGGUGCAGCCUGACAAGUAUAAGCCAGUGCCAGAUGAGCCCCCAAACCCCACAAACAUCGAGGAGAUCCUGAAGAGUGUUCGCAGCAACGACAAGGAGCUGGAGGAAGUGAACCUCAACAACAUACAGGACAUCCCGAUACCCUUGCUCACGGAGCUGUGCGAGGCCAUGAAGACCAACACCCAUGUCCGCAGCUUCAGCCUGGUGGCCACAAAGAGCGGCGACCCCAUCGCUAGUGCGGUGGCCGACAUGCUGCGGGAGAACCGCAGCCUGCAGAGCUUGAACAUCGAGUCCAACUUCAUCAGUAGCACAGGGCUCAUGGCCGUGCUGCAGGCAGUUCGGGAGAACGCCACUCUCACCGAGCUCCGCGUGGACAACCAGCGCCAGUGGCCCGGCGACGCGGUGGAGAUGGAGAUGGCCAGGGUGCUCGAACAGUGCCCUUCCAUUGUCCGCUUUGGCUACCACUUCACUCAGCAGGGGCCACGAGCUCGGGCAGCCCAGGCCAUGACGCGGAACAACGAACUCCGUCGCCAGCAAAAAAAGAGCUAACACGCCCUUCGCCUUCAUCAUGUAGAGCCGAUGCCACGGAUGCUCAGCUCAUCACCUUCCCCCUUUCCUGUAAAUAAAGGCCCUUCU